AUGAGGGGAGUUUGGCUUUUUCUUCUGAUAAUUACCCCUAUUCCAGUCAUGGGACAGUUCAUAUUACCUUUCCUUUAUAUGCCGCUUAAGCGCAUAUUUACUGUUGAUUUUGGGCCGCAAGCAAAAUACGACAAAGUUACUACACAACAUGCUAGGACCGAAAAACACUGGACUUUGGAAUUCACAUAUUCUGAAAACCUAGACGAAAUUAAAGUUGCCGUUGUUUCAUUUACCAUUUCUUCAUCAGUCACCGCUGCGGACUUAGAAAACCUUGAUUACUAUUGGUCUUAUAGUGUUCCUUUUGACAAGUUGGACAGCAACUACUCUAAUCAUUUAAUCGCUGCAACGAAGACACCAGCUGACUAUCAAAAGGAACUUUUAACAUUUGUCAGUCACAAAUUCGUUUUUGACCUAGACAAAGUGGCGUCUAUUCUAGGAAUUCCAGCCAUAAAUCUGUCGAGUUCUUUCGACCCGGCCAACUGGGAGACCGUUGUUCAUGCAAUGGUUAAUGAGAGUUCCUCUGCAUUUUCCAGACUGCUUGAACUUCCCACUGUAAAUGCCUUGGCAGAAUUGAUGGACAUGGAAGUGCCAGAUUUUCUUAACGUAAACCUUAGUAGAUUCGAAGAAAUGGUGUUUCCUUUCCUCCCCAAGAAGGCGAUACUUGACAAGAACAGCACCUCUUCUCUCAUAAACUCCUCUGGGAUCUUGCUCGGAGAAUCCUACAGUGAUGUGACCUUGGCGAAGAUACUGCAGCACCACGAGAAUAUAUCACUUUCCACCAGAGAAUUCGGCAUUCUGUACAAUCUCACAGGAGAGCAAGUCAAGGCAAUAGGCAGGUGUACAUUCUAUCAAAUCUUUCGCAUGUGUGGUAUUUCAACAGAAACUCUUUUGAGCAUCACCUUGCCUGAGGUCUCGUGGAAGGUUGUGGGAUCUCUGUACAUAUCGCCGCCAUGUCGUGUUUUGAUCGGCAUUAAAGGAAAAUCCAUUGCGUCGUUCAAAAGCAGUGUUAACACGCUAAACGCAAGUGUGCUGGAAAUCCUAACAGACGUGUCGAAUCUUACAUGGCGUCAAGUCUACGAGUCUGUGAAUGUAUCUCUCCCAGAUUGGGAGUUUCUGGAUUCCGUAACGUUGCCACAGCUGUCAGAAAUCGGUGAAGUUUCCCUGGAAACGUUGCUCAACGACUCAAUUAGUGAGGCAGUGGUUCUUCUUUUGAAGCUGCGAGCAGACGGGUCUCUCAAUAACAAGACUGAAACCCAUCGUUUAUUUAUGAGAGCUCUUCUUAGAGAAAAAUUCAACCUCUCAUUAAGUGACGUGGGAAACCAGACUGCUGUAAGUGAAGUGUCCCUUCAAGGUGCCCCAUCUUCAUUGCUUUUCAGACGAUAUCUGAACGCAACCAUCGCAAACUUUAGAUUGAAUUUAGGCGAUAUCGUGUUCUCUUUGCAAUUGUCUGAAAAAACACUCUAUAACCUACCAAGACAAGAAUGGAGAAGUGUAAUUGCUACUAUUGUUAAUUCCGUUGUGCAGUCCGAGGCUAGUGAUCUUCAGAUAUCAACGGAAAACUUACUGACACUUUUGGGUGUCCAAACUGUGGAACUAUCGAUUGCAAAGUUAAAGGAGCUGAUAGAAAAUCAAAUUUUAGACGCUAAACGCCACAAGACAAAGUUUGAAACCGCGCCUUUAAUCAUGUAUUUGUCUCAGAAUGCUGUCUCUGACGAUGCUUACCUUAAUUCAUCUGUUUUCUCUCUGGUGUUGUCAGCAAGUGGAUUUAGUUCCAAUGAACUCAAACUGUUAUAUGGAUACAAUUCAGAUCAAAUUUUCAUCCUUCAAUCCUUGCGUAUUAAUGAUUUGCCACUUUAUUGUACCCUCAACACGUCUACCGUCAAGCACAAAACACCGUUAAACAUUACCGCUGAAGUCGUUGGGACUAGGGAAGCCGCGCCCUUGUGUACAAAUACGAAUUUUUAUGUCUCAGCCCGAAACAAAAACAUGUCUCAGUUGAAGUCUGAAUUCAGCCUUUUCACGAACUCCAGCGUUUCUUUUGUGACUCUUGUUGAGAAGGUGACAGGUCUUCCAUGGCGACGAAACGUUUGGGCCUUUGGAUUAAAGAUGGAAGACUGGACGGUACUGUACGUUCUAAACGAAGACUCGUACAAGGAAGUCACUUCUAGUUUACAGUUAGAUCCAUACCUAUCGACGGCCUUUCUGCAAAUACUCAAUAAAUCAGUAGAGCUAAAGGACGCAAACAAUGUAGAUAUCCAUGCCAAGAUAAUUGAACAGCGGAACGGUACUCUGAAUUUUCUUUAUGAUCUGUUUAAUACGAAUGAAGCAGAGCUGAUGCAUUUUGGGAGUAAAUCCAAAGCGCAGUAUUAUUUGCUGUUUCCUAUUGAAGUCUUUGCGUUAACGAUACAGUACCUAGUUGACAAAUUCAAUGUGUCCGUUAGCAGGAUCGAAGUGUCAUUAGAUUUGAAUCCUGGGGAACUUGAAAAGCUUUCUCCUACUGAGUGGCGCGAGAUGAUACCAUUUGUAAAGAACGAGAUCAUUCGAAGUGGUCAACGUCAGCUGGGCGUAACGAUAAAAAAUUUCGCUCAACUCUUACAAGAGAUACCUGAGAACCUUCAGAACUUAUCGCUUGCGCAGCUUGAAUCAAAAUGGGACAGUAUGUUUUCCAGGCUACUCAGAGGUAAGGAAGCUUUUGAGAUGGAAACAUUACUGCAGAUCAUAACGGCUAUUGGAAUAACGAGUGGCUCAUUAGACGAGGUUACUUUCUUAGAAUUUAUUGAAGAGAGAAUCAGCAUCACUAUAUCAGAGGUUCUAUUACUCUACAACUACAGUUCUACCGGAAUUGACGUUUUAGCCAACUACACAAUUUUGGAAACUCGAGGAUUUUGUAAUCUGUCUGAAGGCAAUUUCCUAAGCAGGCGGCCCCAAGAUUUUAUAGAGUCAUUGCUUGGGGUGGACAACGAGAUGUCAUGUAGAAAGAUAGCACUAGUUGUUGCUGCAUCGACUUUGACUGUAAACGAUUUGGCAGCCAAAUUCAGCCUUGAAGUGGCAGAUAAUGUCAGCUUGCUAACGAUGUUUGAAGAUCUAUUCAAGCUUCCGUGGCCGAAGAUUGCAUGGGCGGUAAAUGCCUCGUUACCAGAUUGGCCCAUUUUAGGUGCGAUAAAUUUAAAUGAUGUCGGUCAGUUGGUGUCGAAAACCAUAGCAGUAAUGAAAAGUCAGGAGUCAUUCAGAGAAAUAACGAUGCAGCUGUUAAGUCUCUCCAAAAGCUCAUACUUGCAGUUGUUAAAUGAAUAUCGAGCAAAGAUCGUUAGUAAAGCGGGCGAACUCUUCAGCGUCAACUCCUCCCGAAUAUGUGAUAACUGUGACGUAGUAGACAUUCUAUGGAAUUCCCUCAGACAACUUAAUCAGCUCAUCGACUUCGACCCUCAGAUGCUUCCGAAUCAGCUUAAUGUCUCCCCUUAUGAGUUUAACCUAACUGUUCCGUCUCAUUGGCCUGUAAUGGUACAGCACAUAGUGAGGGAUGCCUACUUAAAAGCCACUGUAGCUCUUGGUAUGGAUCGCGAUCGAUUGUCAAGUUUUUUGCGAACCUCAACUGAGAUUGUAGAAAAUAUGACAUUACACCAAUACCAAGCUGUUUUUACUCAGUCUAUCCAACCCUUGAUCGUCGCCAAAACUGCUUUGAACAAUUCUCCGUUGUUAGACCUUGUUGCGGCUAAAGGCUUGAAUUUGUCAGCUCUGUACAAUGAAAGUAUAUUCAAUGUCAUCGAUGCAAUACUCAACAUAUCUGCACAGAAUGCUUCAUUCAUUUUCAACUGGACUACUGAACAGCAGGCCAAGUUGAAGAACUACACACUAGAUGAUUUAUCCUACUACAAGGGAGUAUCCCUUCAGGACCUCGGUAGUGAAAGACCGCUUUCUUUAGUGGAAUUUACUAUACGGCAAUCAUUUACCCCCCGUACAUUCGCACCACCAACACUUCUCCCGUGCAAAAGAGGAACAGUCAGGUCUGGAAAUGACCCAAAUUGCUCAGGUAACACACCCUUUUGUGUUUUUAUCUGAACUAGAAAAUUACUACAUAUUCCAAUCUCACGUGCCGCAGAGGACAAAGGCCAGCAGAUGUACUCUCCAAACGUCAUGACAUCUGUGACUUAGAUUUGAUGAUUAGUACGCGUUUUUUCAAAGUUUCACUCCAACACGCUUAACUCUGUGUUUACCUCCAACGUGAAACUUCACGUUAAAAUAUUUCACUUGGCGGUCGUUCAGUGACGCCAAACCAAUGAACCAAAAAGUGAGUUGCACGUGCAAUGUUUUUCUUUUGCGUUUUUGAUGUUUUCGUUGUCGGCGUCCUCGUGGUUGCUUAAGCACAUAAAAUUUUGAUGGGAAAAGGUUGGACUACAACCAGAGAGAUUAAAAGUUAUGAACUUAGUUAACCCAUAUCUAAUUUGCCUUCUAAAUACGCAGAUGUAGAUGAAUGUGCUACGAAACAAUGCGGUGAUGACAGCUUGUGCCAGAACUACCAUGGUGGAUACGAUUGUGAAUGCAAUGCCAUUGGUUACUAUAAAGUCAAUAAUAGAGGAGAGUGUAAACGUAAGGUUUUUUUGAAAAACACAUUUAAGAUAGGUGGAGGAUUCCUAAAAGAUAGAUUGCAAAAAGUGCUUUUUGCUUUAUUCUUAAUCUUUUAAAUCUGGGCAACGUAUCAGUGGAAAAAACAUUUUAUGACUGUUUUAAAAAUGCAACCGCUUUUCAUCGUUAAUUUAAGUUCUCAUUAUUGUUACAGCAGUUUUAUAGUUAAGUCUCCAUACCGCGAGUUUCUAAACUCGAUAUCUUUGCACUUACAGAGUCGCUAGGUGUGAAACACCAGAUGGAAGAUACGUUGUUUCCAUGCGCUCUAUUAUUAUUAUUGACGUUAUCUGCAUACGCUGUAUUCGUUUUCAAAAAAUUGCAGAGAUCAGUUUGCAUGUUGUGAAUGAAAAUCAGGAUCGCGCUCUUUCGCCAUUCGGUGAAGGGCGGAAGAGAUUGUUAAACGGCUUUGGAGUUGCCUCUGCAGGGAUUAAUAUCUUUAACUUGAGUAGUAACGGAAAUGUACAUUUGAGUGCGUUCUUUGUAAUCCUGAAAGCCCGUUAAUAUUUGCUUUAAAUAGGAUAGGCCACAAUGCUCGGACAACUCUUAAUUGGAUGUUUUGCCUUUCUCUUCAGCCAGCAAGACUUUUGCAGGUAAAAUAACCAUUGAAAACUUGGUAUAUAAAUCAAGUUACAAGAUAAAAUCAGCUGGAGAUUUCUAUGAUUUGAAGGAAAUGUUCGAAGAAACGGUAAGCUGCUGAUACGUUCCAAAGUAACGUUUGUUUUGUUGCCUUUUCUCCAUAACACCCAAAGAAGAACUUCUAAUGGCCUGGAAAUAGCGAUUUUUUUGCGAUCCUCUCCACGUUAUUGAUUAAAAGUUUAAGACCUUGCAGUUAACACUGAGAGGCAAAGUUCCAUUCCCUUGCCAGUUCGUAGUAACUUUAACUUUAUUAAUUAUUUAGUUUCAAAAAGUAGGCUCAAAAUUAAUGAAAAAUAUUUAUACGAUGGAUGCCGAAACCAGAGGAUUAUAUUGCAACACUCAGUCGGUAGAAAGCCAGGAUGCGCCGCAAAAUAACCUCAGCUGCAAGUUACAUAACAGGUUAAUAGAUUACAACUAAAAAUUGCAAUUAUUGUCCGUUUUAAGAAACGGUUGAAUCCAGCCACUUAUAAUAAAUGGAAACGAAAGAAUUUCAGUUAGCGAUGUAAAUGCAUAACACGGUCAAAUGUCAGUUUAAGUUUCGAGGGUGUUUCAGUCUCCUUAUUGUGUAAUGUGUUUGUGUGCAUGUUCGUUUAAUCCCUAUGUAAUUUUAGGUGAAUGGAAAAUUCAAAGAAUCUUCAGUCAGGCAAUACUACUAUGGAUGUCGUGUCCAGGAUUUUAGGUAACGUAGUUUAUGCUUUUACACGUGGAGAUUACCUACCAUUUUUUUUACGAUUCGGUCAUAUCGACGAGUUCUUGAAAGAGCUUGUCUGAUCAGGCUAGCGUUAAAGAGACGUUGUGGGUUUUAAUGAAUCAAUAGGAAACAGGUUGACCUCUUUUAAAACAGACUAGCGGAGGACUUUACUUAACGAAAAGGUGUUGUCCGUGCGUAGGAAAUUGGAAUUUCUUUUGACCGUCUCUUUCGGAGUAUUUGAAGACCUUGCUAUAUGAAAACUGUAUCACUUUUUUGUUUACAGUGACGGAAGUGUUGUUGUAGAUUUCUUGAUCUACACGAGUCGUGACUUCACUGGCGCUUUACAGGAUUUACAGGACGCACUUGCAAGUGUUGUAAACAAUUCAUUCCUUGGUCCUUUUGAAGUCUCUGUUGCAAAGAUUUCAGGUAGGUUCGUUUCAUAUUAUCGGUAACUAAGCCGUUUUUGUGUGAAAAUAUACUUAAUUGCAAUAACAAUUUUAUGAAAAAGAACAAUGAAAAAAAAAAGGAAAAUCAAAAGCGAAAAAAAUACUCAAACAUUAACUGUUUCUAAAUAUUACUAAAGCGAAUAAUGGUCUUUUAGGUGUUAUUGAUGGUUAAUAGGUGAAUCUGGAGACGUCAGUAUUGCUUUUCGAAAUUCCAUGCACUGCUAAAAGCCAUGAAUUGGUUAAGCCAAGCUUCUUAAUCUCUCUGUGUUUCUAAAAUUUUCCAUUUUAUAUGACAAUGUCUUUGCAAGUAGGUGUAUGUGGAAAUUGUACAAUGUCAAUUGCACAAUUUUGUUUCGUAUCGUCUUGAACUUCAAGAAUAUUUCUUUCCAGAGCAAAUGACUAACCGUUAAUUUAUCUGUCUUUAUGUGCAGUUGAUGAUUUUGACGAGUGUAAAGCUCACCAAGAUAACUGCGCACAGCAUGCCACCUGCAUUAACAAAGAUGGAUCGUUUGAAUGCCAAUGUAAUGAUGGUUACGAUGGUGAUGGUCUUACCUGUGAAGGUAUCUUAUGCUCACUUAUGUUCUGUUUUACUUAGUUUGGAAAGAAACAUUAGAUAAGCAACUGGUCAGUAGCUAUCGAUCCGUGAGUGGUCAUACACUUCAUCUAGAGCCUCAAUAUCCGAAAGUAGUCUUUUGGGGAUGGAAUUUUUUGAUUGGUUUAAACAGGAGUAAAUUAAGUCUGAACCUAUUGUUGUUUCCUUAUGAAUAAACGGUCUUACUUGUGAAGGUAACUUAUGUUCAUUUCUUGACACGUUAACUUAAAGGAAAACAUAUUCUAUUUUACUUAUUUCGGUAAAGAACAAGAGAUAAAGUUGCUGGUCAAAAGCUAUCGAUUAAGUGGUCGUACACUUCAGCUGAAGCGUCAAUAUCGGCAAUCCGAAAGUAGUAUUGUGGGGAUCAAAUUGUUGGUUUGUUCAAACAGGCCUAAAUUAAAGUAAAAGCCAAAUGUUUUCUUCCGUAUGAAUAAAGGGCGCCAGUAUUUCUAACUGAAAUCACUGAACCGUUACCGAAUUAUACAAAAUUAUUCUUUCAUCCGCUAAUGACCAUUAUAAAUUUAAAAUCCUUUCACUCAGCCGCAUUUGAGUAAAAAACGCUGUUUGUUUGGAAAGUGUUCUAAUUAUCUUUCAGCUGGUUUUAGCUCUAAAAAGACUUUGUCACUCGCCCCACAAUUGCAUUGUUUCCAUGCUUUCACGCUUCUCAUGUAUCCUUCCGCCACCACUGUUACCAUCGUUAUACUACUAAAUGAGAAAUUUCUGCAAUUUGAUUGGCUUAGAGCAGUGGUAUUUUAACUUAUAUGUGAAAAUUACACCUUUUGUGGGUAGUAGCAUAUUUCGAAAUAUCACUCGUGGUAUAUAUGCCAAAUAUCAAUACAAAUGAUGGUAUUAGCUAUACUAAUUUCAUCGCUAAUUAUUUCUUCCAAAACCGCGCAAUCUAGAAAGAUUGUAAUAAGUUGUCUAUUUUUUCUUUAGCGGGAUUUUUCAAGACCAUGUGGUGGACCGUCAUAGUAGCUGCAUUCCUUCUUCUUAUUAUGGUUAUUAUUGUUGUGUGCUUGGUGAUCAAGAGACCAAAGCCUUCUGCCAGGUAGGGAACGUCAUCGGCUUUAUCGUGUUGCGAUGCUGUAGCUUUGUUUUGCCACAAAUAUAUAGCACAUAAAAAAGCAUCAAAAAUUAACUAAAUCCAGCCCAACUACUGUAAAGCUGACCAGUUGCGCUAUAUUGCAUAUCGUCUAGACAAGGUUUUAAGAUAGACCGGUCAUAAGAUUAGCCACAAUGCUCGGACAGCUAGUUAUUUAUUCAUUCAAAUAUGUCUCCGUUUCUGAUUGGCUAAAAACCCACGCAUAAUUCAUCAUAACCAGUUACUGUCGACCAAAUUUGGACGAAUUUUGCGAUAUGUGAAAAAUAUACCAAUUGUGCAGUGUAAUGGCCAGAAAAAUGAACAGUUAACCGAGAAUACCUGGCGACGAGGUUGCAGAAUAUUCGCAGUACCGAACAACCAACCCUUUAUUUCCUAAACUUGUCGAUAAACAGGCAAUUGAAGAUGAACUUAACAUCGAUGGAGGUAAGCAUGUUUUAGCUUGUUUUUAUGCUAGCAAUUAUUUUCAAUGAAUGAUAAAACAAUUGUUGAAUUCAGCUUUCGGUGAUAACACGCACCUCGAUCUCAGUAGUUCUUCAGAUGAUACUAAGCCUCAUUCAAUAGUUGUUGAUUAAAAAUUAGUGAAAGCCUGGGUCAAAUUUCGAACGUCACAUGUCCCGAACCUAAUGCUAAUGAGGAAAAGCUAUUGCUUUCACUCAUUAACGCCUGCGUCGCAAGUGGAGGUUGGGUGCCCAUGGGCCAGGGGGCUGCAACCGCAAUACACCCCAAGGCGGAAGAACACCCACAGGCCUACCAACCCGCAACCCAGCCACGAGCCCCCCGCGCCCAGCCCCCCACUAUAGCACCCGUCACACUGAGGCCAGAAGCCCAGUGGAAGUAAAAUGAACCAACCCCUGAAAGAAUAAAUAACUAAAUAAAUAAAUAAGAAAGAAAGCGGAGGGAGGGAGGGGAACCAAGAGAAACGCUACGCUACUGGAAUGCCACGCCACGCCACGCUAAGAAAGCUUCGAGUACAACGCAAACACAACGUAGGCACGUGGCCUCCGCAUGCGCCAAAGCAACAUACCGCUGGACAGGAAUCUGCCCCCAUGCUCACGAACAAUGGUAAACGCUACAAACGCAAACAUAGUCACGCACAACGCUACAGUCGACCAACGCGCUACCAAAGAAUGCCCAAAACACCCGAGACCAUAGCUCCUAGUCGUUAACUACAUUAAAUAUGAUUUAAUAGUAUUUAACAUUAGGUUCGGCUGAAAAAAAGAAAUCGAAACACUCAGAAUAGUAAACUAAACAAGAUUAUUAGGUUUUCGUUACCCUUGUUAUUUAAUAUUAAAAACUUCGUUCAGCUAAACAUUCAACUACCUUUCUAUUUAUUGUGAAGGUAUGGUCUCGAUAUGGAUGACCCUGCACAACAAAACAUCCCUUACCGCAGACGACAAAGUGAAGCCAGCAAAAUAUCAUACCGCAGCGGCGAUGUUUAUUUCAAGGACAAAGAAGGUAAACUGAGGCCCGGAACAGCGCAUACUGCAAACAACUCAAAGCAAAGACCUCAAACGCCGGAUUUUGUCGCUGAAGACGACCUUCAGCACAACAACAAUACACGGUAUAAAACUCCAUUUGAGUUGGCGGUUGAAAGAAACACACGGAGUGACGCCUUUAAGUCCUCGUAUGCCUUGGAAAGUAGAACACCAUUUGAAUUAGCGGUAGAGAGGAAUGCAAGGAAUGGAAAUGUCAAUGAACAGAGAGAGGAUUUAAAUAUGACAGAACUACCAUAUGCAUCUAUAAAUAAUUGA